AUGGGCUGGGAGACUGUUUUUCACGGAUCCUUUUGUAUGCCAAAGGAAAACGCAAAGGAUCUAAAACCGAUUAAAGGAUUGUCAACCGAUCUUACAAUAUUACUUGACGAAAUAGCAGCUAACAACCAACUACUUGAAGAUACCAAAGAAAAAUACGCUCUAUUACAACUUCCACUUAUGUUAACGGUUCCUAUGCGAAAUUGGCAACGUGCCUCGGUUGCUGAAGUUUGCAAGCAAUUUAUCCAGCUUCAUCCUUAUGGAACUUCAAUGGACGAAAUUCUUUCUAAAAUCAAAAGUGACAGUAUUAAACAACCAAUAAUUAUUGCAUUGGGUGUAACUGGCAACAUUAGCCAAUCCUUUAUUGUUGUAGAAAACGAAGUUAUUGAAUCGCGUUGUAUGGUAUCUGCUGUUGAUAAGUGUUUCAAGCUACACUACAUCGGUUAAAUUGAGUACGACCAAAGUGUUAGCCAUGUUUGGCAGUUUUUGCAAGUGCAUUUUUAUGGGAUCUUAGAUAAUGUUCCUAUCUCAGAAUGUGUACGAGAUCUUGUUACUUUUUUAAAAGCACGUUAAAUAUAUUUAACACUCUUUUAAAUAAGCAACAUCUGCACACAUUGUGAUAUAGAAAAAUUAUUAAUUGUUAAUCAAAUGCACGCAUCA